CAGAUCCACUGGAUGGGGAAGCGAGGUGCAAAAAUGAACGGUCGGUUUUUCGCUUCCUUAAAUGCGGCUGCAGGACCUAGGCGGUGUUAAAAAAAAAAAAAAAGAUCGCUUUCCGGCGUCCGCGAUUCACCAUGGGGAGGACUUAGCGAGAAGUCGGCUUGGUGCUGGUAGUUUCGCCCUGUUGCAGACUUUUCCAGGACAGGAAGGAAGGAAGAGGGGAGGGGAAGCGGACUUGAGCACAGGAGCUGCUGGGCCAUACAACAGGCUCGCAAGUGAACCAAAACAGAAAGGUCCUCUCUUUUCCCGCACGUCAGCCCGCCGGAGCCACCAGAACCGUGGCGUAGGGAAAUCGGGAGUACACUUUCAUAACGGUUUCAGGUUUAGCAUUAAUUAACUAUCGGGUUUUUUUUUUUUGCUGUUGUGAAAGAAACGGGGAGGGGGUGGGGGUGGAGGAGAACUUGACACGCGUUGCGCUGCGCGGCGUCGGCGACAGUUUUUCGGCUCUUGAAGUUUCGGGGCUUUCAGCUGAAGGGAGACUUGAAAAGACGGUGCCGCCCUCAUGGCAGCAGAAGUUACUGAGACUGAAGCAGGGGCAACCGGCGAUACGGGCUUCAACGCAAGCAGCUCAGGCGCAGACACACCCAGGUUAGUGGAGAAGGUGGAGAACAGGCCGGCGGCUCCGGCUCCGGCUCCGGGGGAAGACGCGCCGCAGAGCGGGUCGGCACCUCCAUCGGAGACUGCCGAGGGCGCAGCUCCGCGGACUCCAACCAAAACAGGAGGUCCGACACAGGAAGCCGGGACUCCAGACAAUGGACGAAAACAAGAGCCGGCGGGGGUGCGAACUUCGACUCCAGUUAGUCACAGCCUGCCAUCUCCAACAGCACACAAUGGAAGCCUCUUGGAGAGACAGGAGUCAGUGGCCACCACAGAGGCCCGUCUGAGGAUGGAGGGCGUGGAGCUGAAGGAGGAGUGGCAGGACGAGGAUUUUCCCAGGCCACUUCCAGAAGAAGAAGAGGACAUGCAGAUGGAUGAGGAGCUCUUCACUGGGAGAGAGGGUAACUCUGCCACACAGUCCUAUGAGCUAAAUAGUGACAAAAAAGCCAAAAAAAAGCUGAUGGCCCCUUAUAUCAGCCUGACACUGGACCGCACUGAGGGGUCUGUUCUGUCGGAUGAGAUGGAGGAGAGUGGGGAAUUGGAUCUGGACGACAUUGAUACCCCCUCUGAUAACAGCAAUGAAUUUGAAUGGGAAGGAUUGUUUCCAUUCAUUGCUUGGAAACAGGCCACUGGCCAGCAUCAUGUUUCUCUUCCCUCUGUGCAUAGCUCAAAGUUUAGCCAAAAAAUCAAGUAUGUUUUCAGCCUGGUGGAACUGGCUGAGCUCGUCCCAAUGGAGUAUGUUUCAAUACCAGAGUGCAUCAAGCAGUAUGAAGAAGAAAAAAAUAGAAAAAGGCGUAAAAGAAUCGACCGAGAUAUGCAAGGGAAACAGGAGCCAGCUGCACCAGCAACAGAGCAGUGAAGAAGAGCUGCCAAAUUGCUUCAUGAAAAGAGACAGACUGAAGAAUGUGCUUAACGGCAUUGGCCUUGUAUGUAUUCUACAGUGCGUCUUUCAGCCUCUAUGCUUAGAUGUUACUGUUGAAGAAUAAGUGCCUUUAUUUUUAAAGUCGUGGUAGCCUGUUACAUUGUGGAUUCAUUUACUGCUGUAUGUGUAUGCCAAGCACUUGAACUAUGAUUGGUAGCACAACGCGUUACUACAUGCAUUUUUAUAUCUUUUAUGUAUCAAGCCAAACUUUAAGGAACCACGUUUUGUUGUUUUUUGUUUCUUACAUCUGUACUUAAGGCACUAUGUUUUGACUGAUUGAUGCAUGUUCUUCAGUACAUAUAAAAAUAUAUAUUUAUAUUCAUAAGUGGUAAAGGCCAGAGAUUAAUAUAUUUUUAUGGUGGUGAUGAUUUCAGCAAUAUGUUUUUAGUUCUGUGAAACUGCGGGACGUAUUUGUUGUAUGUCUUGAGCAGGUUCCAGAUGAUGGUUUACUGCUGAGGUCCUACACGAACUUUGCAUGGAAAGGUUGGCACUGUGUUUAUUCUACCUGCCUGCCUGCAAAAGAAGACGCAUUCAAAAACAUAUCUGAUAACCAGCUUAAAAAGGCGGGGAUAAAUUGCAUUGAGGUUGGAAAGUUUCUCACUUGACUCUGUUGUAUAGUCUGUUACUGUCGAUUAAAACUUGGGAAAGUGUAUCUUAUUGUACAUUUAUUUACUGCAAGUAAACGGCCAAUUGCGAAGAAA